AUGUCUAACAACAAUAAGAAGUAUAUUAUAUUUGAUUGCGGAGGUGUACUUGCCAAUGAUAUGCAGUACACCUUUGCAACACAAUAUGUACAAGACAAUAUGCCUUCCAAGAUGGACGUGUUCAACAAGUCUUUAAAGACACAUUGGUCUAGGAUAAGGAUAGAUGCCAACUACACCGAUAGACAGUUCUGGCAAGAUGUUGCCCAUGACAUUGGGUUGACUAUGGAUGAUCAGCUGCUCGACAGUUUCGUUCAACAGACCAGACAGGAGCUACACAGCAACCCUCCCAGUCUUCAAUAUGUCAAUACACUUAGAGAAAGCGGUACAAGCAUGUUCAUCCUUUCGAAUCAUGGCAAGGAUUGGUUCAAUUAUAUACGUGACAGUGAUCCGAUGUUCUUGAAGGCAUUCCCUGACACAGAGAGAUUGAUCGUGUCGUACAUGGUCGACAGUUAUAAGCCACAACAAGAGAUAUUCCAAAAGUGUUGGGAGCACAUAUUAUUGCUGGAGGUGGCCAGACCUUUGAACAAGUCACAGUUCAUAUUCAUCGAUGACAAGUUGGCAAAUGUCCAUGCAGCACAACAGUUUGGAUACAAUGCUGCCCAGUUCAACUAUGCCGAAUCUCCAAUCACUACUCUAUCCAACGUGAUCGAUCAAUUCCUAAACUCCCCA